AAUAAGCAGGAGGGGCCCAGUGCUCACGAGGCUCUUGGAACCAAGCCAGCAAGGGCCUCCUUUAAAAGAAAGGGGUCCCGCUGCAUUUGUCCUUUACGUGAACUUGCUGCAGGCAGAAUGGCUGGGGAUGGGGACUCAGCCAGGAGCUUAGGGAAAGGAAGUGUUGCCCCUGGGCCUGUGCCAGAGGGCGUGAUUCGUCUCUACAGUAUGCGCUUCUGUCCCUUUGCACAGAGAACACGAAUAGUCCUAAAGGCCAAAGGAAUUGACCAUGAAAUCAUUAAUAUUAACCUGAAAAACAAACCAGAUUGGAUUUUUGAGAAGAACCCAUUUGGAUCAGUACCUGUGCUGGAGACAAGCAAAGGUCAGCUGAUUUAUGAGUCACCAAUCACAUGUGAAUAUUUGGAUGACGCAUAUCCAGGUAAAAAGCUGUAUCCUGAAGACCCCUAUGAGAAAGCUUGUCAGAAGAUGCUCUUGGAAUUCUUUUCUAAGCUAUAUCCUCUUGGCUUCAGUUACUUUCUGGCUGCCAGAAAUGGAGAAGAAACAUCUUCAUUGAAAGAGGAGUUCAUCAAAAAUCUACUCAAACUUGAGGAGAUUCUAGCCAACCGCAAGACUAAGUUCUUCGGUGGGGACUCUGUCUCCAUGAUUGAUUACCUUAUGUGGCCUUGGUUUGAGCGUCUGGAGCCCUUCCACUUAUAUGACUGUCUGAACCAUACCCCAGCACUAAAGUGCUGGGGAGAAUUAAUGAAACUGGAUCCUGCUGUUAAGGCUACGAUAACGGACCCACAGAUAUACAAAGGGUUUUUUGAACUAUAUUUGAAGAACAGUCCUGAGGCCUGUGAUUAUGGACCCUGAGUUUGUGGGAGCUUUCAUUGGAAUGGCAGUGUGUAUUGCAUACUAAUUGCUCAAGUGUAGAAGGUUAGGGCCUAAAGUAGAUCAUGUAGCUUAUAAAAUGGUUCUGUGUUUAUUGUUCAAUGGGAAUAUAUGGCUAUACUAAAAUGGCAGGCCCACCGGCAUAAAGGUGGUCUUCUCAAAAGAAAGAUGCAUCAAACUGAGGUGUGAGGAAGGUUUUCGGAGUUAGGUAUUCAUAACUGCCCAGUAAUCAGUUGCUUUUGUAACUCUGUUUCUUGUCAUCUUCUUUGCUUUGGGAUAGUCUUCCUAAACCGUGGAGGUUAUAACUUUACAGAAAUAAACACAUUUUAAACACAGAAA